AUGGGGCUGGAGGGGUCUGCUCUCCCCUUCAUGAGCACCCUGACCCCAGAGGACUCGAGGCUGCUGUGUCCCUCUGCAGGGGAGGACUCCAUUAGCACCUUGGGCCUGAUCCUCAGCGUGGGGCUGUCACUGCUGCUCGUGUCCAUCCUCGGCUACAGCCUGGCCAAGUGGUACCAGCGUGGGUACUGCUGGGAGGGGCCUAAUUUUGUCUUCAACUUGUACCAAAUCCGGACCCUGAAGGAUCUGGAAGUGGGGCCACCCUUCACCAUCAGUGGCCAUAUCAGCAGUCCAGAUGGCGGCUACAUGAAGUUCUCCAACGGGUUAGUCUGACGGGGGCAGCACCUGGCUUUAGAGCCUGGGAGAGGAACAGACUCCUGGCUUAGCUCCUGACCAUCCUGGGCUCUCCUGGGCUGCUCUCCCUCUUCUGGGUCCUCAAGACCUGGCCUGGCCUCUGAAGGUGGAGGAUGAGGAGUCUUCUUUGGAUACUUCACUAGCCUGUGACCUGAGAGUCCUGGGGACAGUCAGGCCUCUGGGGAGGGACUGGCCAGGUGGCAGCAGCCUUCUCACAGGAACCAGCGAGGAGGCGGCCACCCCAGGGAGAAGGACCGGACUCCAGGAGGCCCUGAGCCUGCAGGAGUUGCUGAGGCGUCCUGAGGAGCCAAGCCACACCCUACAGUGUGGGAGGAGCCCCCAGACUCCAGAGGGAGCGCCUCAGGUGGCGGGUCCCAUCACUUCCUCUUAUAGGGUUGACACCAGGGGCUGGAAAGACAGUCAUAUCUUCACUGGGCAAAGUUCUAUGGAAAUAGAGGUGGGACUCCAGACAGGGUUUUUUACCUUCCCAUCAGAGGACAACUUCUCUGAAGACGGAGUUCAGCCUUUACUCUGCCCUGCCUCCCUCUAUGCUUGGUUCUGGCACUUUCCAUUCUUUCCCUGGAAUUGCUGCCCUCUACCCAGCUCUACUCCCUGCCCUGGGCCCGCUCUCCCUCCGUGACAGGCCUCAGUGCCUCCCGAAUGUGGUUAGCUCUCAAUUUUGAUUGAUAGUUCUGAGAAUAGACUAGAAAUGUCCCAGUAGCCUGGGCUCCUGUGCCAGGGUGGGCAUGGGGCACAGGGGACAGUAUCUCCCAGUGCCCUGGGUUUCCUGAGCCAAGUCGGCCCUGGGAAGCAGAAAGUGGUGGAGUGGUGGAGUGGAGAAAGCAGAAAGAGGAACCCAGGCGAGGCUGAGGGAAGCAGAUAAGAACAAGAGAAAGGAAGAAACAGCUGUCACCCGAGGACAGCAGGACAAUGUGCCUUGCCAGUCAUCACUCCUUCCUGUAGAGGGACCUACUGGGCCAGAGGCGGAGCUGGCCCUGGGGUGUUGACUUAGUCCGUCCUUGAUGAUGCUGUUGUUCUAUCCAGAGGGGGUGAGUCCCCAGGCAGCUGUGGAUGGAGCAGGACGUGAGAGGGGAUCCUCACAUCAGCAGCUGUGGCUGUUGAAACCUGCUGACACAACUACAGCCCUGGCUUCUCUGCCAUUGUCCAGCACCAAGGCCACUAGGAGCCCCAGGCAGCUGACUGGGAGGGGGAGAGGGGUCAUGUGAUUUAUCUUCCUAUCUUUCUUUUCCUGAGGCCUUGUUUCUUUCUGGUUUUGGGAUCUAGCAGAGCAGAAGGAAGGAGAGUGGCCUUGCCAACCCCUCCCCCCUCACUUCCUGUCAGGGGAUUCCUGCGUCGUCCUCCACGUAACCAAGCCUUGACUUUAUAAACACAGUCUUUUUGGAAGACUUUACUGGGUCUUCUACCUCUGACUAGGUGGGAGUGGAGAAGAGCCCUUAAUGGCUUUGGAUUCCCUCUCUUCCUUGAAGGUCUCUUGGGAGAAAUGGAGAAAAGGAGACGGAUUGACUUUGGCUUCCUUCUUCCUUGGAUCUCAGCUCUGAGAACUAGACCCACAGGUUCCUCUACCCACUUUAGUACCAGACAUUGAACCCAAGGAUGCUUAACCACUUAGCCAUGUCCCCAGUUCUUUUUGUAUUUUAUUUAGAGACAGGGUCUCACU